GAUCUAAUAGGAAUUAGAAAUUAUCCUGCAGGCCGAAAUUAAAUCCACCAAGGGCCUGAUUUGGCCCCCGGGCCUUGAGUUUGACACGUGUGCCCUAAAGAGAUGCAUGUCGCUCCAUUUUGUAACCCCAGUAAAUUAAAACCCAACAUAUUUUCCAAUGGGUUGGUUCUUCCCAAAAAGGGCUUCAAUAUUGGACUCAUCGUUAUAAUAUACGUCACAGAGCUGCUACAGACGGAUUUAGGAAGUGUGGGAAUUUGAUUCUCCACGCGUCAGAGCUUGAUGAGCAGAAAGAGAGCAGGGGAGAAGUGUUAUGACACUCCUCCUCCUCUUCCUCCUCCUCUUCCUCCCCCCUCCGAUGGGGAGUCAGGAAGCAGGCAGCAGGUGCAGUUUGGUCACAUGACGCCCCAGCAGUCAGAUCAACAACACAGCAUCGCCAGGGAAAUGGUGGCAGGUUUUGUUUAAAGACGGAGGAACAAAAGGAUUAUUAAUAAAGCAGCCUCUGAGGGACGCUCUGCUGCACACCAUCAGCUGAGAGGGAAUGAGUUAGCAAACCAGAGGUGUGUGAGGUUUUAUACAAAGCUCUCUGAAAAACAGAAGCCUCGUGCUAUUUCCAGAAGACCCCUCCCAGAGUACGGAGACAUGGACCCGUCCUGCGGUCUCACAGACGACAGAAACUCUCUCUCCCUGGAUGUGUCUCCCCCUGGAGGAGGAGGAGGAGGAGGAGGAGGAGGAGGAGUAGGAGGAGGAGGAGGAGGCGGCGGCGGCGUUUCUUCGUCCCGUAAACGGCGGACGCUGAUUGCCCCGGAGAUGAAUCUGUCUCUUGACCGCAGCGAAGGCUCUCUGCUGUCGGACGACUUCCUGGACACGCCGGACGACCUGGACAUCAACGUGGACGACAUGGACACGCCGGACGAGACGGACUCUCUGGAAUUCAUCACCAACGGCAACGAGCUGGAGUGGGAGGACGACGCCCCGGUAGCCUCGGCUAAAGCGGCCCCCGCCUCCGGCCCCCUGCAGGCGGACGAGGGGAACAGCGGGAGACUCUGGAGGACCGUGGUCAUCGGGGAGCAGGAGCACCGCAUCGACAUGCAGAUCAUCAGACCCUACCUCAGGGUCAUCUCUCAUGGAGGUUAUUAUGGGGAGGGUCUGAACGCCAUCAUCGUUUUCUCCGCCUGUUACCUGCCGGACAGCAGCUGCUCCGACUACCACUACAUCAUGGAGAACCUCUUCCUGUACGUGGUGAGCAGUCUGGAGAUGCUGGUGGCUGAAGAUUAUCUGAUCAUCUACAUGAACGGAGCGACGCCUCGAAACAAGAUGCCCGGCAUCGGCUGGCUGAAGAGAUGCUACCAGAUGAUUGACAGGAGAUUGAGGAAGAACCUGAAGUCUUUGGUCAUCGCUCAUCCCACCUGGUUCAUACGCACCGUGCUGGCUAUAUCCAGACCAUUUAUCAGUGUGAAGUUCAUGAAUAAGAUCCAGUACGUGCACAGUUUGGAUGAACUGGCAGAGCUCGUCCCCAUGGAGCACGUCCAUGUUCCUGAGUGUGUGGUGCAAUUUGACGAGGAGAGGAUUAAAGCACGGAGAGAAAGGAUGGAGCAGGAGCACAGACAACAGGAGCAGCAGUCAGUCCCACAGGAGCCAAUUAAAAAGUCUGAGAGGCCAAAGUCGAUGGUUGUAAAUCAAGGAUUAUGAAGACAGAACUUUGCAGGAAAAGAGUGUGUGACAGACGUAUGGAGCAUGAACACUUAAAUGUAUUCCCGUAUGAAGCAGAGGGUCCAACAAGUCUUCAUAUGCUUCCUUGUUAUACCAACAUCUACCCUCUGUGCAACAUGAACAUGUAAGAAGGAAGUCGAUGUGGAAACUGUCAUUGUUGGGUUCAUAGUCAUUAUCCUGCUGUGUUUGUACCUGCUAACUUAUACUUAUAUCAUCGUGAGGCUCUGAAAAACCAGGACCUUGAUUUUGGCAAUGUUGUAACUUGGGGAUUGUAACUCUAAUUGUGGAAACUGACGUUGUAACUCCAAUUGAAAGCCCCUGCAGUUUCAGAGUGCAUUCUUUCACACACACAUACGGGUAUUGGGCCGAGGGCGACACCGUACUUCCGGUAUCUGCCAUUUUACGCGAGGUGCAAGCAGGCCAAGGGUUUAGCCGUACACCUUCUAGGUGUUGCUAAGCUUCCUGUACUGAAUAUCAUAGUCUAUUGCCUUAAUCAAUAUCUAGUCAACUCUAAAAUACCACAUAUAUGCAA